AUGACUGAACCCAUCACAGACGGCAACUUCAUCUUCCCCGCCGAAUCCGAACCCCACGAAGCCACCAUCCUCGGCUUUCCCUCCCUAGUCUCCGUCCCAACCCCCUACUACGAACCCAGCUGCGCCGAAAUCACCGGCCUCGCCGCCGCCAUUGCCCACUUCGAGCCCGUCCGCCUCUACACGCGCCCCGAAGACAUCCCCUUCGCCCAGAAAUACGUCGCCGAGAUAGUCCCGCCCAACCUCCAGGAGCGCGUCAGUAUCAUCCCGAUUGAGGUUAACCACUGCUGGGUGCGGGACACGGGUCCCGUGUACGUGCACGAUGCGUCGGGGCGGUUCCCCGGGGAGCGGCUUGCGAUUAGUUUCGAUUUCAACGAGUGGGGUGAGAAGAGGCCGUGGGAUGUGUCGAAUGGGAAUGACUAUGGGUUGAAUUGGCCGACGCCGAGUGUGGAGCAGCUUGAGGAGAAUACGCUGUUUGCGAGGAAGGUAAUUGAGGGUGAUGUUGACCCGAAGCCGGUGAGACGGGUUGUGCCGAGGAUUAAGGCGGAGGGGGGUGCGUUUGUGGUUGAUGGGGAUGGGACGUUGAUUAUCUCGGAGAGUUGCAUUAUUGAUGAGCCGAGGAAUCCGGGGAUGAGCAAGGCGGAUAUUGAGGAGGAGUUGAAGAGGUUGCUGGGCGUGGAGAAGAUUAUCUGGUGUCCUGGACGGAAGAAUAUGGAUAUCACGGAUGCGCAUCUUGAUGCGGAGGUGAGGUUUAUUCGGCCCGGUGUUGUGCUGUGGUCGCGGCAUCAUCCGGAUUCCGAUCAGGAGUGGUUGGAUGUCUCGCAUGAAGUUCUGAUUGCGUUGAAGAACGAGACUGAUGCGAAGGGGCGGAAGUUGAAGAUUAUCCCCGUUGACGAGGUUAAUGGGGAUGAGGUGCCGAAGAAUGAUGAUUAUGAGGAGGUGGUUUGCAGUUAUAUCAACUUUUAUUUCUGCAAUGGGGGUGUUGUCAUUCCCAAGUUUGGGGUUGAGCCUUAUGACUCGAAGGCGCGGGAUGUUAUUCAGGCCGCUAUGCCGGACCGUGAGGUGCGACAGGUGUAUAUGCAUGCCAUUCCCAUUACUGGGGGUGUUAUCCAUUGUACCACUCAGCAGGUGCCUGCCGUGAAGAAGGACUAG